GUUAAAAAAUUUCAUUUGUUGGAAAAUGAUUUAAACAAAAAUUAAUUUUGAUAAUUAAAAAAAAAAUCUGUUUACUUUUACAUUGCCCUGUUUCGAUAUGUCUGUAUGUUUCUUUUAAAAAUUAGGAGUAAUCAUACAAAACACCAUCCUUGGAUCAUAAUUUUUUCUUUCUGAAAACACCUGUCUUAAUUUUUGAGGAAAACUAUUUUGGUAUCUGUAUAAUUACGGUCAUGUAUUUGAGAGACUUUAUUAUUAAAUUUUGGAAUCACUUUUUUCUCAGAAUGAUUAAAUUUAAGUACAUUUAUAAACCAAUGUAGACAUCUGCUUUAGGAUCCCAAUGGAAUCGGUAAUGGAGCGUAAAAUGCAUCGAAAAGAAACAGAGAUACCGCCUUAUCUAGAUGUGAAAAUUAAUUUGUUGGAAAAUGAAUCAGACAAAAAAAUAUUCGAGAAAUAUCUGGAACAACAGGAAGGAAUUGAAUUGUCAAACUACCAUGAAAGGUUUUCACUUAGAUCUUCAAAAGAGCAGUCAUCCGAACCAUUAUUAAGCGAUAUAAUCAAACCAAGUGAUCAAACACAGAAAAUGCAGGACUCGGUAAAAAAACAUAAAUUCCACGAGAAAGAAACACAGAUGCCGCCUUAUAUGGACGAGGAAAUUAAUUAUUACGAAGACAAAAAGAUAAUGGAAGACUCUCUGGACCUACAGAAAGAAACUACAUCGUUGAAUCACCCUGAAAGGUUUCCACAUCCUUUAUCAAGAAUGCAGGCAUCCAAAUUCUUAUCAACAAUGGAAAAAGAAUACUAUCACCGUAUUUUGAAAUUACUAAAAGAUACAUGUUUAAAUCUUUUCCGAGUUCUUCUUAAGACCCAUUUCUCAAUAGGAGAGUUUUCAUUGAUUCUUAAAAUGUACAGAACACCUUUUAUUAAUAUUCUUAAUGAAGCUGAAAGAGGAUUGUUAUAUCCAAAGUCGGGGAUUAUCAUGGUAAAAUUUAACGACCUUGAUCUUCCUCUGCUGCACAAAUUAUGUGAAGGACUCCCAUGGAAAGAUUUAAUAUAUUACGCUUGUGACCAAAGCUCUAUUUACAGAAUUAAAGAAAUACUGGAUUCUUUUUGUGAAUAUCAGAACAGGAUGAUACUUUCUGAUCAAGAAUUCCAUAUGCACUUGGAUGACAUUCUGCACAAAAUUCAUGGAUUAGAAAGAGUUAUUCCUAGACAUAAAACAAAAUACAGAGAGGCACUGUGUAUAAUUAGAACAGGCAUAACGGACCUUGCAAAGGAAAAGGGCUUUAUAAAUUCGACUGCAGAAAAAUUUCAAUGUACAGGUAACAAAAAACUUCUAAAGGUAUCUUACAUACAAUACAAUUGA